GUUCCACGUUCCACAUGAUAUGCUCUGGAUAUGCUUUGUUUAUGUUUAUUCAAAUUCAAAUUGUAUAAAGUAUUUGUCCGUAUGUGUUUUGGAAAAUAAAACUGUUUUUGGAUUUCUAGAUCAUAUUUGAAUAAUGAACGUUUUAGAACUCUAUAGUGGAAUUGGCGGCAUGCAGUUAGCCUUAAAGGAAAGUGGUGUCGAUGGAAGAAUUAUCGCAGCUUUAGAAAUAAAUACUAUAGCUAUCGAAAUUUACAAGCACAACUUUCCAGAGGCUAAUCUACUAAAUGCCAACAUAGAAGGUUUAACAGCAGAGUUUGUCAAUAAGCUGAAUGUUAACACAAUUUUGAUGUCUCCUCCAUGCCAGCCCUUUACAAGAAAUGGUUUGCAAAAUGAUGUAAAUGACAAACGAACUGCCUCCUUUCUACAUGUUUUAAGUUUGUUAAAGGACCUUGAUAUCAGAAAUAUUCUGAUAGAGAAUGUCAAAGGAUUUGAGACAUCUACAAUGAGAAACAUACUUGUUGAUACUUUAAAUGAGAAUGGUUACACAUUCCAGGAGUUCUUGUUAACACCACAACAAUUUGGCAUUCCCAAUUCAAGGCUUCGGUAUUAUUGUCUGGCAAAGAAGUUGCCAGAACAGUUUAGUUUUAAAAUAACUGAUAUGAAACAUUCUUUGCCAGUUGAGAUUGAAGCAGCAGAUUGCUUUCCAAUAUCGACCAUUCUCGAUGAUGAUGUAAAUGAAACAUUUUACUUGUCGGACUCUAUUUUGCAAAAGUAUUGUAACAUCAUUGACAUAUGCUACAAGCAUUCAAAGAGGUCAUGUUGUUUCACUAAAGCUUAUGGCAGAUUCAUAGAGGGUACAGGAAGUAUUUUUACUGAUAAGACUGAGGAGGAGGUGGAAAAAGUAUAUCUACAGGCAAACCAGCUCACGGAUACUGCAGUUAAGGGCCAGUUAUUGAAAAACUUAGGCUUGAGGUUCUUUACACCUAAAGAGGUGUGUAGACUUAUGAGUUUUCCUGAUACUUACAGUUUUCCUACUUCUGUUAGUGAUAAGAAGAAGUAUAUGGUAUUAGGUAAUAGUAUUAAUGUAAAAGUUGUAUCAGAAUUAAUCAAAUUAUUGUAUAGUUAGCAAACAUUUUUACCUAUUUACAGUUGUGAAUAUAAUAAUAAAAAUCUUUCGUCUGUUAUUUUUUACAAAUACCUUCCAGUAGGUGUAUGCUCCAUAUAUGCCUUUAUGCC